GUAAAAUCGAAAACUACAAAAAGUUGGAGGGGAUAAGAUCGAAUUUAAUAUCAUUUGUUGGAACUUUCGGUCUUGCUCAGAGGGUUUCCAGUACAAGUAAACAAUCCCUCUCUUAAACCCUAUCAUUUUCCACCCGCUUCGCCAUCUCUCCUUUCGUUCGGAAGAUCCAAACUUUUGGUUCAGAUCGAGAGCAAUUAAGCAGAGCUCUAUUGCUUUGUAGUCUAAAUUGAAAGUAAGAUGAGUUCGACCCGACCUUUCACUUCUUUCCUCCACGAACGUUCUGGGGUUGGAGCUUUGCAACAACGCCCAUGUCUUAUUGCCUUGCGACCGCCAUUGAUGAGCUCUGUAGGCCGAAGCUUUUCAUCCGAAGAUUCCGAACCUGCGAUUGGAAAAGAGAAAGCUUCUUCCGAGGCUGUUGUGAUUGGUGUUUUUAGCAGAUUGACUAGUAAGGAUGAAAUUAUGAAAGAGCUGAAUUCGAAUGAUAUUGUGAUUAGCCAUGAUUUAGCGUUGAAAGCUCUGAGGUCGCUUGAAUCAAGCCCAGAUGUUGCAGAAAGGUUUUUCCAGUGGGUCUUGGAAGUUUCUCCUAAAAAACUUUCCUCCAAGAGUUAUAACACGAUGCUGCGUAUUCUGGGCGUUAAUGGGCUUGUUGAUGAAUUCUGGAUCUUGGUUGAUGACAUGAAGAAGAAAGGGCAUGGUGUAUCAGCUAACGUCAGGGACACAGUGGGUCAGAAAUUUCAGGAAGAUGGUCUAGAAAGUGAUUUCAAUAGGCUGAAGGAGCUUUUCGCUUCAGGUUCCAUGGAUAAUUCGGUGGACAAGGUUUGCAAUAGGGUUUGUAAGAUUGUUAUGAAGGACCAGUGGUGUGCUGAUUUAGAGAAACAUCUAAGGGAUCUGAAACUCGAGUUUAACAGCGACCUGGUGAAGAUGAUAGUUGAAAAACUUGAUGUGGAACCGAGGAAAGCCCUGUUGUUCUUCCGGUGGAUUGAUGAGUCUGGCAGCUUCAAGCACGAUGAGAUGACGUAUAACGCUAUGGCCAGGGUCUUGGGGAAAGACAAGUUUCUUGAUAGGUUUCAGCACCUCAUCGAAGAAAUUAGGAGCGCUGGUUACGAAAUGGAGAUGGAGACUUAUGUUAGGGUCUCCGCAAGGUUCUGUCAGACUAAGAUGAUUAAAGAAGCUGUUGAGUUGUUCGAGUUUGCAAUGGCGGGGAGCAACACACCCACUGCGCACUGCUGCAGUUUACUGCUCAAGAAGAUUGUCACUACCAAGAAACUGGACAUGGAUUUGUUUUCAAGGACCGUGAAGGCUUAUACCGGAAAUGGCAACGUUAUGACGGAUUCCGUGCUGCAAGGCGUCCUCAAGUCGUUGAGAAGCGUUGAUAGGUUUGAGCAGAGCAAUGAGGUGUUGAAAGCGAUGAAAGAAGGCGGCUAUAUUCCUAGCGGCGACCUGCAGAGUGUGAUUGCGUCGGGGCUUAGUCGUAAAGGCAAGAAAGAUGAGGCCAAUGAACUUGUGGACUUCAUGGAAGCCUCUGGAAAUCAUCUGGAUGACAAAGCAAUGGCAACUUUAGUUGAAGGGCAUUGUGAUGCCAAAGAUCUCGAAGAAGCUGCAGAGUGUUUCAAGAAGAUGAUCGGCAAAGAUGGGGUCUCUUAUGCGGGCUACGCAUUUGAGAAGUUGGUACUUGCUUAUUGCAACAGUUUUCAGGCAAGAGACGCGUACAAGCUUUUCGCGGAGCUAGUGAAACAGAAGCAGUUGAAACCUUGGCACAGUACAUACAAAAUCAUGGUGAGGAAUCUUCUGAUGAAGAAGGUAGCAAGAGAUGGUGGGUUCGAAGAAGCUUUGAGUCUUGUACCUCUGAUGAGAAAUCACGGUUUCCCUCCUUUCGUGGACCCAUUCAUAGAUUACUUAUCAAACAGUGGAACAGGCGCUGAAGCAUUCGCUUUUCUCAAGGCUCUGACGUCGAAGAAGUUUCCAUCUAACUUAAUGGUUCUGCGUGUGUUGGAAGCUAUGUUGAAGUCUGCGAGGCAUAGUGAAGCUCAGGAUUUGCUGUCUCUGUGCCCUAGCUAUAUCCGUCGCAAUGCAGACGUUCUACAACUGUUCAGUUCCAUGAAACCUGAUAAAUGUUCUUUAGAGAAACCUUUGCCAGCUCCCGCCCAGAUCGAAGCCUGA